UUGAAGGAAUACGUUUGCAGAACGACUUCGGGAACGUUUCGCUGAAGUAGUGUGGACUUUACAAUCUUUUCCAUCGCCGUCCGGGAAUACUAUCUAUGCUUCUAUUACUGUAAUUAUUCGUUGAAAGGGUUAUCAAACUAUACGCAGAAAUGUCUAUUGGAGUUCCAAUCAAGAUUUUACACGAAGCAGAGGGACACGUUAUAACUUUAGAAACUCUCAAUGGAGAAGUAUACAGAGGCAAACUUAUUGAGGCUGAAGAUAACAUGAACUGUCAAUUGUCGAACAUUACUGUUACAACGAGAGAUGGAAAAGUAUCGUUACUGGAGCAAGUAUUUAUUCGCGGUAGUAAAAUUCGAUUUCUGAUCUUACCAGAUAUGUUAAAAAAUGCGCCCAUGUUUAAGAAAAUGACACAAAAAGGAUCCAGUGGUACUGGAGCGGCAGGACGAGGAAAAUCAGCUAUAUUAAGAGCACAAGCUGCUGCAAGAGGGCGAGGUGGCAGAGGAGGUGGUCCUCCAGGAAGAGGAGGCAAUGUUUUCCAGCGAAGAAAGUAGAUCAAUCUAUAACCAGCAUGUUUUAUUUGAUAGCAUCAUAUACUUAGAAGCGAGGAAGAAGUAGUUGGGUGUUGCACCGAUUUUUGAGGAGUUUGUUGUAAAUAUUACAUGAUGUCAAUGUUGUCUUAUCUUUUACUCUGUAAAAUACUAAUUCAAAUUGAAAUAAAAUUGUAAAGUUUCUACA